AUGUCAUUCUUUUCUAGUCAUCGUCAGGCUGAAAAGGCUCCCAUAUUAUUUGAUAUAAGAUUCGAUACUAGUGACGAUAAUGUGAUUUUAUUGAAAGGCUCUUCGAGAGAAUCUGCUUCUGCUCUUUUAUCAGGCAAAAUUGUAUUAUCUAUCAAUGAACCAAUGCAAAUUAGAAACAUAUUUAUGAGAUUAUUCGCCAAAUUAACAGUUAAUUUAGAAGUUAACGCAAAUACAAAUAAUACACCAAAUACAGCAAAAAGAUAUGUAAAGCAAGAAAAAAUAUUAUUCGAUAAAAAAUUAGACAAUAUUCAAAUAGACAAUCUUGUUGGUAAACAAUCAACAAACCAAUCCGUACCGUAUAGUACGACAAAUUCCAAUAACAGUGAAACCACAAUGGGCUGGCGUUCUAGAAGUAAGUCAUCAUCUAUUGCAACUUUAACCAAUUCAAAUUCGUCACCAAAUUUUACAAGUAUGAACAAAACAAGUAUAAUUAAAUUGCAAAAGGGAAAUUACGAAUUCCCGUUUAGUUACAUAUUGCCAGGAAGUUCAUUCGAAUCAGUUAAUGGAUUACCUAAUGCAUCUAUCAACUAUACUCUCCAAACGAUUAUUGAAAGAGGGAAGUAUUCUACGGAUUUACUAUUGAAUAAAGAUAUUAAAGUAAUUAGAACUUUAACUACAGAUGCUGUGGAAUUGUCGGAAACUGUUUCAGUGAAUAAUAAUUGGCCUGGUAAAAUUGAUUAUUCUAUUUCAGUUCCCACUAAGGCUAUUGCUAUUGGAUCUGUUUCAAGUCUUUCUAUUGGACUGGUACCAUUGGUUAAACAUUUGAGAUUAGGCCCAAUUAAAGUUAUUCUUUUAGAGCAAUAUCAAUACAGUAAUAAUUCUGGUGAAAUUAUCACUAAUGACAGGAAAGUCCUUAAAUUCAAAUUAAAAGACCCCUUAGGCCAUAUAGAGAUGGCUAAGCAGUCGGAAGAGACCGGACUAGACCCAUUUAUCUUCCAAAGUAAAUGGGAAGUGACUACAAAUUUUCAGGUUCCUUCAAGUUUAUCUAGAUGUACUCAAGAUUGUACUAUUAAAAAAUAUAUUAAGGUUCGUCAUAAAUUAAAAUUUGUAAUCUCAAUGAUUAACGAGGAUGGCCAUAUUUCUCAAUUGAAGGCAUCAUUACCAAUUGUAUUAUAUAUAUCACCUUUAAUUCCACUAACAGUACAAUCUAAAGAAUUAAGAGAGCAAAAAUAUUCCUGUACUAAUUUAACGCAACAUAGCAGUUUGAGCAAUUUAAGUACCAUGAGUUCUCAAAAUUUUUCAGGGAAAAAUUCAGUGGAUAGUAAAUAUCCUCAUUCUGUGGCAAAUAUUAGAAAUUUAGAUAAUGAAGAAGAGCAAAAUAAAGAUGAUGAAAUUAUAUUUCCAUCAAUUGUUUCAUCUCUAGAUCUCCAAAAUGCAACAAAUACACCUGCUCCGGAGAUAACUAGCCCCUUAAACCCGGUUGUAACAGUGGGAUCUACAAAUGCUGGUUCAACUGUAUCUCCAAUGGGAUUUCAGUACUCUGCAACCUCUAUUUUACCUGUUUUACAAGAAGCUCCAAAAUUAGCUCAAGAUUUACCUAGUUUAAUGGUUCCCCCAAAUUAUGAAGAUCGUAUAUAUGAUCGUCUUUGGGGAACAAAUUGCACAGACCAUAAUGGUGCAAUUGUUGAAAAUUUAACUCUCUCGACUCCUGUCUCUCCAAACUUAACCCAUAGCCCAAUUAUAGAAUCUAAUUUAUUUCCAGAUGGCUCUGCUUCCAAUUACAUGGCAGAUGUACCUGAAGGCUUGACAAUGCCAAAUAACGAGAAUAUUAAUAUUACCACUAAUAAUCCUUUCCGCUCAGAGGUUACUCAAAGUGAGCCAAGACGGACAAUUUCAGCAAACACACCACACACAAGAACUGAUUCAUUUAGAAGAGUUGGAAGCUCUACUGAGCUUGAUAUUAACAAUUUACCAUCUACUCCAGGAUUAAUGAUAAGACCAAUUUCUUUUAACUCCUCAAGUCAGUUGAGCAUGAAAGAUUGGCCAGUGAAAGAUAUGAGCAGAGUACCAUCGUAUGAUAUGGCAAAAAAAAAUGUCAUUUCAAGUGAUGAUUUACCACCUGCUUAUAUUAGUUCUAAACAUAAAAGAGGUCACUCAACUAAUAAUAGCUCUAUAAAUGCUACACCUGCCACCAUAGCUUCCUCUAAUCACUCUAGUUCAAUGCGUCGUAGUAAUUCUUCAUUUUUGCAAAUGGGCCAAAUUAAGCCUAAGAAACCUCCAAUUAGUGGGAGCAGCUCUUCUACUUCUUUAACGAGUUCCAUAAAAAAUGCUUUAAUUGGCGACACUACUACUAGCCCUCCAAACCUAUCACCAAAUUUGUCCAAGAACUCGUCAUUUAAGAUAUCUAACACUGCAAAUAAACAUUUUGCAUUCGGAAUGACUCCAGUUGGAGAAAAGACACCCACAGAGCCAGCCACUAUAUCAUCAUCGAGAAUUUCAAGUUCGACAAAUUUGCGAACUACAAAUAGCAAUGCUAAUAUAACAAUAGGGGAUAGUAAUAGUAUUCAUACAAAUACUGCAUCCAAUGGAACCUCCACUACUAAUAUAACCAUUAGAUCAAAUAGAAGAUCAAGCAAUAGAUCCUCUUCAGAAGAUAAAACUCCAAGGCCACGCCCUACCAGAUCGGUUUCUACCAGUGCAUUCUCGACAUCUCAUUCCUUCUCUAACGUGUUCAGCAUUUUAAGUAAUGUUGGUAGUUAG